CCAAAGCCUAGGACUGGCAGUAAAGAAAAAGUUAAACAUGGUUUCCCUUUUCAGCAUCAACAAAUGAAUCACCAGCAAAUUAAGAAUUUAUGGGACUCUAACUCUUCAAAAAGGUGAGGCCCUCAUCUACAGGAACACUCAACAGUGCUUCAAGGAUAUAAAGUGACCUUCCACUGCUCUCAAUGAUUCCCAAACACACAAAGAACCUCUCUCUCUCUCUCAGAGGGGAACAGAUAAAUACCACCACACCUUUAAUGUGACAGACCCAUUCAUGCAAGUAUACACACACAUUCCCUCUACCUCUGUCACCAUUUCUCUCCCCAAAUCUCUAUCUCAUUAUCUUUAUAUCUCUCUUUUCUCACAUACAUAGACAGAUAAAGAUCAUGUUGACAAAUGGGGCAGACCAUGGCAAGCCUCGUCGAAGAAACGAUUCAGGCGAGCUCGAUGUGUUCGAAGCGACGAGGUAUUUCAGCGAAGAGAGAUCAAAUCUCUCUACAAACUUUGCUAAGAAUGGUUCAAUCUCACAGAAAGCCGCUUUGAAUAGAGAAGGAUCAACAUGUGGAGGAGAGAGAAGGAUCCUAGACAUGCCCAUGAACAAGCAAAGCUCUUCUCCUCAAAAGAAAAUAAAGGAGAAGAGAUCCAAACAACCUAGCUCACCAGGAAACAAAUUAGCCAGCUUCUUGAACUCUCUCUUCACACAAAAUUCUUCGAAGAAGAAAUCGAUGUUCAGUAAUCAAUCCAUUAAAGAUGAUGAUGAGAGCCCAUUUGGCAGAAGAAGGAGAAGAAGUAGCAUAAGCCUUCUCCAAACCGCGAGCUCAAACGACUCGACAUAUAAUUCAUCUUCAAGCUCAGAUUUCAGAACCCCCCCUCCUUUCACAGCAACACCAACAAGCUUAGGUAGGGAAUUAAAUAGCUUUUAUGAUCUUCAUAGCAUGGUUUCUCUCUCAAGCUGCACAAGAAACCACACCUCUGCCUCACUUGUUCCAACAAAUGGAGCUCUAGAGGGCAAGGUGACUAACAGUAUGGGGUGGUCUGAUCACAAGUCCAAGUAUGAAAGUGAAUUUUUAGAGAGAGAAAGUAAUUGGGGUUAUGUGUAUUCUAGUGAGAAGGGGAUUAGAAGGAUCUCUGAAAUUGAUGAUGGAGGAGAGAGUGACUCAAGUUCGGAUUUGUUUGAGCUUCAAAGCAAUGACUUUGGUGUUUACUCAAAGGGAUUGCCUGUUUAUGAGACCACCCACUUGGAGAGCAUUCAGAGGGGAGCACCCAUUGCAAAUGGCUCAUUCUGAAGUGUUGAUGCAACUUCAUUUGGAGGGUUUUCUUUUGAAUUUCUCCGUAUUUGUAUGUAUGUAGUAAUGGAAAGUUUCAAUUCAAGAUUUUGAGUGAAAAAAUCGAAUUUUUGUUGUUGGAUUGUAAGCUUAAGGAAAGUU